UAAAAGCCUCUGCAGACUUUGGAGGAAGCAGGAUUGAAUUCAGUCUGUUACCUGGUUGCAGUGGCUGAGCACUGGAAUUUGUGCCCAGAAGAAGAAAUAUUCCAAGACUUUGGAGUGGAUACUGACAAUCAGCUGAAACUCAGCUUACCAGAACCGGGACCAUGGAUAUUGAAGCAUAUUUUGAAAGAAUUGGUUAUAAGAACUCUAGGAACAAAUUGGACCUGGAAACAUUAACAGACAUUCUUCAGCACCAAAUCCGAGCCGUUCCCUUCGAAAAUCUUAACUUGCAUUGUGGAGACUCUAUGGAGUUAGACCUAAAGGCCAGUUUUAAUCAAAUUGUGAGGAAGAACCGGGGUGGGUGGUGUCUCCAGGUCAAUCAUAUUCUAUACUGGGCUCUGACCACCAUGGGGUUCAAGACCACAUUGUUGGGAGGAUAUGUUUAUAACCCUCCAGCCAAUAAAUAUAGCACUGGUAUGAUUCACCUUCUAGUUCAGGUGACCAUCAAUGGCAGAAACUACAUUGCUGAUGCUGGCUUUGGACGCUCCUACCAGAUCUGGGAGCCUCUGGAAUUAAUUUCCGGGAAGGAUCAACCUCAGGUGCCUGCCAUUUUCCGGUUGACAGAAGAAAAUGGAACCUGGUACCUGGACCAAAUCAGAAGAGAGCAACUCAUUCCUCACCAAGAAUUUCUUAAUUCAGAUCUUCUAGAAAUGGGAAAAUACCGGAAAAUCUAUUCCUUUACUCUUGAACCUCGAACAAUUGAAGAUUUUGAGUCGAUAAAUGUUUUCCUUCAGACAUCCCCAGCAUCUGUGUUUACAAGCAAAUCCUUUUGUUCCUUGCAGACACCUGAAGGGGUUCACUGUUUAGUGGGCUGGACCCUCACCCAUAGGAAAUUUAGUUAUGAGAACAAUGUAGAUCUGGUAGAGUUUAAGACUCUGAAGGAGGAAGAGGUAGAUGAAGUAUUAAAAACUAUAUUUGGUAUUUCAUUAGAGAAAAAACUUGUGCCCAAACAUGGUGAUCGAUGUUUUACUAUUUAGGGUAAGCAGCACCAGUGGUUUUCCAUGUACUAUAUAUAGUUAAACUUUUAUCAUAAAAAUUUCCAACACACAAAUGUGAUUGAUGGGAAAAUAACCCGUUGUGUAUUGUAUAUUCACAUCACCAAUGUUCAAUAGGUGAUUUAUUAUAUCCUUCCCACCCUUUAGACAUGGCACAACUUAUCUGUAAAAUGUCAGCAUACGUAAUGGAAUGAUGUUGGACACCAGGCUGUGUUAAGGGUUAAGUUUAUGAACAGAGUCUCUCUGGAUGUAUUGGAAAGCAUCUAUGCACAGUGCUCUGCAGUCAGCUGUGGACUUGGGCUGCUGACACUCCCUAUUUCAGAACAAUAAAACUGUUGAACUCAGA